AUGCCGCCUGGCAUGUACCAAGCCCAUGAGGCUCCAUAUCAAGAGGGCCCCCCUCCGCAAGCUGAGAAUGUUCAGUAUGCAGAUUACAUAGCGAAGGGGGACAUUCCUGGGCCGAUUCAGAGAUACUGGAGACCCCAACAAGGGCAGGGGUCACAUAAUCAAGGAAACUACAACAAUAACCAAGGGAACUACAAUAACAACUAUGAUGGACCAAACCAAGGGAGAUACAACAACAACAACAACAACGGUAGUUUGAGGUUUGAGUCAAUGCUUGAGAAAGUGUUAGCAAGUCAGACGAACACUGAAAAGACAUUAUCUAAGCUUUCAGAGACGGUGGUCUCUCUUUCAGCAGCUAUUCAGAAUCUUGAACAGCAGAUGCGGGAUCUUUCCAGAGAACAUCAUCCUGCUAGAAAAGGUGCUGACCAGAAUGUGGUUGAUAUAGAACCUAUUAUUGAGGAAGAUGAGGUGCGCUCUGAAGUGCCUAUUAUUGAUGAGGAAGUCCAAGGCAAAGAAAAAGUUGAUGAUAUUCCAGAAGUUGCUGCUGAUACUGGGAAACACACGAUAAAAGGGGCUCUUCGCCCUUUGACUCAGAUGGACAAAGAAAAGCCUCCCUUUCCUCAGAUGUUGGCAAAUAAAAAUGAUGAUGCUAAGUAUGUUGUCAAAGAGAUGCCCGGAUUCGCUAAGUUUGUGAAAGACCUGCUUACAAAGAAAAGGUCUGUUAAACAUGAGACAGUGAAUCUAACCCAUCGACUGAGUUCAAUUAUUGCUUCCACCAAAGUUCAGAAGAAGGGAGACCCAGGGGCGUUCACUAUUCCAUGCAAUAUUGGGCUUCAUGCAUUCGCUCGUGCUCUAUGUGAUAAUGGGAUGGCAGACAUAUCUAUCAAGAAGCCAAUUGGAAUCAUAAAUGAUGUGUUAGUGCUAGUGGAUAAGUUCAUGUUGCCUGCUGAUUUCGUGAUUCUGGAUUGUGCGGUGGAUAGAGAUAUUCCCAUUAUCUUGGGAAGACCGUUCCUUGCUACGGGAAGAGCGCUUAUGGAUUCUGAAUAG